AUGGCUGGGCCUGACGACGGGAAGCGCAGCGGAAAGCGUCGGCACGCGCCCGUGGAUCGCCCGUCGAGGCCACGGACGGAGGAUAAAAAGAAGCCGAGGAGGAGGAGCUCCCAGUCCCAGUCCCAGGCUCCGCCCUCCUCCGAGGUUUCGCCGCCUCCAACCGCCCCAUCUGAGGAGGAACACGGCGGUGUGUCAGCCGAGGUCGAGGCUAUGGUGCUCAAGCAAUUGCGGCAGUUCCUUGCCACCGACGCCAUUAAGACGAAAGAAAUUGCUGAACUAAUGAAAGACAUCAACGGCGAACGCACUCUUACUGUGGAGAGUAGUUUUGGUGACACUGAUGAUGGCAGCCUUGAGAGUCUCGAAGCUCGUAAAGUGGCAUUGUUGGUCUCACAGUCAAUCGUCAGCCUAUCUUCCUUUGCAGGUGGAAAGCGUAUCCGGGUUUGUUCAGGAUUUGUGAUGUGUUGGAAUUGCAGUCCUCAUACAAGUAUGAUCUUAACAUCUGCAACACUAGUUAGAUCUCUGAAUGGAGAUAAUAAUGUGAUUUCUGGUUUGAUAGUAAAGGUGCUUCUGCCAGAUGGGAAUAUAACUGAUGGAUAUAUUAUUCUGGUAGAUUUUCACUACAAUAUAGCUGCUGUUGAAGUUGCAGCCAAUUUGAAGCACCUAGAAAUUGCUGAUCCGAAGAACAUUACUGGUAGAGCAGGUGUCUUAGCACUUGGACGGGCAUAUGAAGGUUGUAAUCUUAUGUGUUCACGGGGUCAAGUCAUAAACAAAACCAGCAUCUUUGGCUGUUCGGAGCUCUUGGUGUCAAGCUGCGAGAUCUCUAUGGCUGGCUCUGGAGGACCUCUUGUCAAUUACGAUGGUCAAGUUGUUGGUAUCAACUUCUAUGAAGAAAAUCAAACAUCAUUCAUUCCAUUGGAAAUUGUAUCACGAAUCCUAGAACACCACCAGAACUUCAGCAAGAUAAUACACCCUUGGCUUGGGUUGAGGUACACUUCUCUUCAAACAGUGCCACUGGAAAUCCUGGAGCCCAUAUAUCAGAAGUUCCCUGAUGUUGAGAAGGGUUUAUAUAUUUCAAAUGUUGUUGAGGGAUCACCUGCUGAUUUGGCUGGCUUAUGUGUUGGCGACGUUAUUGUGAAAUGCGGUGGAGAAGAUCUAUCAAGUGCCCCAGAGUUUGGUGCAAUGCUACUGAAUGCCUGCAAGGAGCAUGUUAAGAGUAAUGGGGGAUCUUUUGGAGACUAUGCAGAGGAGAACAUGACAGUUGAGAUUAUGAUAAAACAACAAAGAGAUGGCAGCACAGUUUCAAAAAGUAUUGCUGCAGACGUACUCAAAGAGCUUCAUUAUAACAGAUGGCCUGCCCCGAUGCCAAGCUACAAGAUUCGCCUGAUAAACGUCACACGGUAUCGUUAGAAGUGCCUAUCUGUGGUGAUAAACAUUAUGCCGUUGUGUUAAUGAACGGAUUCAUGUACCCUCUUACCAUGUUAUGUUAUGUUAUAUCAUUUGAGGUGCCACUUGAUUAUUCGUUACGUAGAACUCUCUAGUUUCCUCAUCCUGCUCUGCAAAUUGAUGAGUCGAUGCUCACAUGGAUAAGUAGAUGCUUUAUAUGUGCAUGAGUUCUCUAUCAUGCAUUUAUAUAACAAAUGUCAUGUGAUGAUGAUGGAGUUGGCAUUAA